AAGCCAAAGGCCCAGGCAGAAGCUGCCACCAGCCCACGGGAGGAAUGCAUCUUUCUGCAGAAGAUUGAGAUGGACCACAAGCAGUGCCUACUGGAGGCCCAGUUGGAGAAUGAGACAGCAGGCUGCAGCAAGAUGUGGGACAACCUCACUUGCUGGCCGGCUACCCCUAGGGGUCAGGUGGUCGUCUUGAGCUGCCCCCUCAUCUUCACACUCUUUUCUUCCAGUCAAGGCCUCAAUGUGAGCCGCAGCUGCACCGAAGAGGGUUGGACACAACUGGAGCCUGGCCCAUACCCUAUUGCCUGUGGCUUGGAUGACAAGGCAUCAAGUUUGGACGAGCAACAGCAGACAAUAUUCUACAAUACUGUGAAGACUGGCUACACCAUCGGCUACAGCCUAUCCCUUGCAGCCCUUCUGAUCGCCAUGGCUAUCUUGAGCUUGUUCAGGAAGCUCCACUGCACGAGGAACUACAUCCACAUGCACCUCUUCAUGUCCUUCAUCCUGAGGGCUGCCGCCGUCUUCAUCAAAGACUUGGCCCUAUUCAACAGCGGGGAAUCAGACCACUGCUCUGCGGGCUCGGUGGGCUGUAAGGCAGCCGUUGUCUUAUUCCAGUACUGUGUGAUGGCCAACUUCUUCUGGCUGCUGGUGGAGGGACUCUACCUACACACCUUGCUUGCAGUCUCCUUCUCUGAGAGGAAGUACUUCUGGGGGUACAUACUCAUCGGCUGGGGGGUACCCAGCACCUUCAUCAUGGUGUGGACCAUCAUCAGGAUCCAUUUUGAGGAUUAUGGGUGCUGGGACACCAUCACCUCCUCAUUGUGGUGGAUCAUUAAGGCUCCCAUCCUCACCUCCAUCUUGGUGAACUUCAUCCUGUUUAUCUGCAUCAUCCGUAUCCUGGUUCAGAAACUGCGGCCCCCAGAUGUCGGGAAGAGUGAUAGCAGCCCAUACUCGAGGCUGGCCAAGUCCACACUCCUGCUGAUCCCCCUGUUUGGAGUCCACUACAUUAUGUUCGCCUUCUUACCUGACAACUUUAAGGCUGAAGUGAAAAUGGUCUUUGAGCUCGUCGUAGGGUCUUUCCAGGGUUUUGUGGUGGCCAUCCUAUACUGCUUCCUCAAUGGUGAGGUGCAGGCUGAGCUGCGACGGAAAUGGCGGCGCUGGCACUUGCUGGGCAUCUUGGGCUCGAACCCUAAAUACCAGUACCCAUCGGGAGGUAGCAACGGCGCCACAAACAGCACGCAGGUCUCCAUGCUGACUCGCAUCAGCCCAGGUGCGCGCCGCUCCUCCAGUUUCCAGGCCGAAGUCUCUCUGAUCUGA